AUGGUGAAGCGCAAAAAGCAUGACAAGGACAAGUACUACAACCUGGCCAGGCAGCAGGGCUACCGCGCGCGCUCGGCCUUCAAGCUCAUCCAGCUGAACAAGAAGUAUGACUUCCUGUCCACGGCCAAGGUGUGCAUCGACCUGUGUGCCGCGCCCGGCGGCUGGUGCCAGGUGGCGGCCAAGUACAUGCCGGCCUCGAGCAUCAUCCUGGGCAUCGACCUGCUGCCCAUCCGCCCCAUCCGCGGCGUCAAGACGUUCCAGUGCGACAUCACGACCACGCGCUGCCGGCAGAUCAUCAAGCAGGAGAUGCAGAGCUGGCAGGCCGACGUGGUGCUCUGCGACGGUGCGCCCAACGUCGGCGCCGAGUACUCCAAGGACGCGUACGUGCAGAACGAGCUGGCCCUGGUGGCGCUCAAGCUGGCGGUGGACGUCAUGGGCCGCGGCGGCACCUUCGUGUCUAAGGUCUUCCGCUCGCAGGACUACAACGCGCUGCUCUGGGUCUUCAAGCAGCUGUUCAAGAAGGUGAGCGCCACCAAGCCGCUGUCGUCGCGUAACGAGUCGGCCGAGAUCUUCGUCGUGUGCGAGCAGUUCCUGGCCCCGCACUCGAUCGACCCCAAGCUGUUCGACCCCAAGUACGUCUUCGACCAGGUGGACGCGCAGGAAAAGACCAUCACGAUCUUCCACCCCAAGUUCGGCGACCGCAAGCGCCACCGUGAAGGUUACGAUGAGGCUCUGGGCAUGACCCUAACCAACGAGUGCAGCGUGACGCAAUUCAUCGACGCGCACGAUCCGAUCCGAUUACUGACCGACACGACCAAGAUCAAGUUCUUACCCGAGGACGACGUGUACCGUGACCACAAGGACACGAGCGAUGAGAUUGUGACGUGCUUGAGCGACCUCAAGGUGCUUGGGAAGGCCGACUUCAAGAACCUGCUGAAGUGGCGUACCCGUAUGCUGAAGUACAAGAAGGAGCUGCUGAAGGCUGAAAAGCCCGAAGAUGAUGAUGAGGGAGAAAAGCCGAAGGAGGAGUCGAAGGAGCCCGAGCGUGAGCUCACAGAGAAAGAGAAGGACGCUCUCGUUCGCGAAGAGCUGUCUCAGCUGCGCGCCACCGUGCAGGCCAAGAAAAAGCGCGAGAAGAAAAAGGAGCGUGAACGCAAGCAGAAGCUCCGGAUUCGUGCUGCACUCGGCAUGGACGCUGAGGGCAUCGACGUUACCGAAGCUGAGUCGGCUUUCAGCCUGAAGGACUUGAAGAUGUCCAAGGACAAGGUGGACGACCUCGACAACGUCGGUGCCGACUCUUCCGACGACGAGGAGCUUCAAUUUGAGACUUCGGACGAGGAAGACCAGGACGCUGGUCUUGAGGACAGUGAUGCCGAAUACGACGAGCUUCUUGAGGCUUCGAUGGAGAAGGCGUACGAGCAGUUCCUCACUCGUCGCGGUGAUGACGUCAAAACCCGCAAGGCUGUAAAGCGCACCAAGGUCGCGAAGCGUGCUCUCGCCGGCGAGGCUCUGGUUCAGGACAGCGAGAUGUUCGACGGCGACAUGAAGCAGUACAAGCAGAUGAUCAACCCCGACGAGAGUUCCGAUGAGAGUGACGACGAUGAAGGAGACUUAAACGUGUCGCUGAAGGUCCCCGAGAAGGCAAGCGCUGCAGUGUCUCGCUGGUUCUCGGACAACAAGCUGUUCGACGGCAUCGACGACAAGGAAGACCUGACUCUGCCCGAGAUGCCGAAGACCGACAAGGAGAUCCGCCACGCCAAGCGCAAGGCUGCUAUGGAGCGCAAGGAGCGCCGUGCUGCUAAGAAGCUCAAGAAGGAGGAGAAGGAGUACGAGCUGGAGUUUGGCACUGAGUUCGACAUUGCUGCGCCCGCUGAUUCGGAUGAGGAAGCUGCUAUGGCGGCUGAAGCUGACGAAGAGAGCGAUGACGAGGCCAAUGCUGAGAAGAAGUCCCUGAUUCGCUCGGGUAUGGGCGCUGCUCUCAAGGGCGAUCACGGUUCCUCGGACAAGUUCGAGGUUGUGGCUGCUGGUGAGGAGCCUGAUGAGAACGCUCUGCCCGUCAUGGACGACCGCAAGUACGACUCGGACCACGAAGAGUACGACGCUGAAGACCGUGCCAAGACUCUCGCUCUGGCCAGCAUGAUGGUGCAGAAGUCGAAGGCGAAGGACCUGAUUGAUGCCAGCUACAACCGCUACGCGUGGAACGACUCGGAAGCUCUUCCGGACUGGUUCGCAGACGACGAGGAGAAACACUACCGCCCGCAGAUUCCCAUUCCCAAGAACGUCUUGGCUCAGAUGAAGGAGCGCUUCAUGGAGAUGGCCACGAAGCCUGUGAAGAAGGUGGGCGAGGCUCGUGGCCGCAAGCAGCGACUGCAGAUGAAGAAGUUGAAGGCUGCGAAGAAGAAGGCUACCGACAUUGCCAACCUGCCCGACAUGUCGACGCGCGAGAAACUCAAGGCAAUCGACCGUGCCAUGAAGGGUGCCAAGCUCCGGAAGGAGAGCAAGGUUUACGUCGUGUCGACGCGCGGCGGAACCAAGACCGCUGGUGGCAAGAAGGCUGGCAAGGGCAAGGUGAAGCUGGUCGACCCGCGUAUGAAGAGCGACAAGCGUAACGCCGACAUCCGUGCGAAGCGUGGCAAGAAGCGCAAAAGAUAA